GCUUCAGAGCAGAAGGAGCAACUUAUCAUCACCAGAGACACAUACGCAUAUCUGCAGAUCUUUACAGAGUGCAUCAUUGUCCAUCAUACCCAGCAGGCACCAUCGGGCCAGAGCCCCAAGUACCCCGGAGCAGCAGGAUAAGGACUUUCCUCCUCAUCCUCAGGAAACGAGAGCAGGGACGCUGAGCUGCUCUCAUACACACUCAUCUAUUUUAUUGAGACAUCAGUGGGACAGAAGCAGUCAGAGGGAGCAGAAGUAUAGACAUUGAGGAACCAUGGGGGACUGGAGUCUCCUUGGAAAUUUCCUGGAGGAGGUGCAGGAGCACUCUACCUCAGUGGGGAAGGUUUGGCUCACCAUCCUUUUUAUCUUCCGGAUCCUGGUCCUGGGUACAGCGGCUGAGUCGUCUUGGGGUGAUGAGCAGUCCGAUUUCAUGUGUGACACCCAACAGCCUGGUUGCACCAAUGUCUGCUAUGACCGUGCCUUCCCCAUUGCCCACAUCCGCUACUGGGUGCUACAAAUCGUCUUUGUCUCCACACCCUCACUUAUCUACAUGGGCCAUGCCAUGCACACUGUGCGCUUGGAGGAGAAACGACGGCGACAAGAGCAGGAGCGUGAGGCAGAUGAGGGAAGAGGGGAACCAGGAAAUGGUGAGAAAGAGUACCUGGAGCAGAAAGCUUCUGAAACACCAGCCAAGAUUCGCCUAAAAGGUGCACUGCUACAGACUUAUGUAUUGAGCAUCUUGAUCCGCUUGGUCAUGGAAGUGACUUUCAUUGUGAUCCAGUAUAUGAUAUAUGGUAUCUUUUUGAAGGCAUUGUACCACUGCGAUACAUUGCCAUGUCCCAACCCAGUCAACUGCUACAUGUCACGGCCUACAGAGAAGAACGUCUUCAUUGUGUUCAUGCUGGUGGUGGCAGCCGUGUCCCUAUUUCUCAGUGUUUUGGAGCUUUAUCACCUUGGCUGGAAGCAGUGCAGGAGAUGCUUCCAGAAAUAUGCUGAGAGCCGUGCCAUUAACAGCAACAGUGAAACCAACAGCAAAAGCGGCAAAGCUGUUUCUGCAUCCAUGGCACCUAACUUUCCAAACAGCUCCCAGUCACAUCCUACCAAGAACUGCACCCCACCUCCAGAUUUUAACCAGUGUUUAGUAUCAGGAAGAGGAUCACCCUCACCUGGACAUGUUCAUCACCAUGUUCAUUCCAUCCACUCAAGCUACCAACCUUUCACCAACCACUUGGCCCACCAGCAGAACUCAGCCAACCUGGCCACUGAGCGACACUGCCGGCAUAGCCAAGAUGACCUGGGGACAGGGGAGGAUUUCUUGAGGAUGAACUAUGAUCAUCGACCAGCAAUUGUGGCUUGUGGAAACAGCCCUGCUGAAGUGCUACCCAGUGCUCCUUCCACACCAACUUCCAAUGGCAGCUUCAUCAGAGACAAACACCGCUUAAGUAAAACUAGUGGCUCCAGUAGCAGUAAAACACGGCCUGACCUAACAGUGUGAUCAGGGUGUGGCCAGAUCCCAGUGUAUAGUGGUGAAGGAAGAUUUUGGGUAUAUGUACACUAUAUGGCCAAAAGUAUGUGGACACCAUAUGUGGGUCAUUCAUGUUACCACAAAUUUGAAAUGACACAUUUGUCUCACAUGCUGUAUCAUUAUGAUUUACCUUCAUUGGAACUAUAACCUAAACUUUUUCCAGCAUGUGUGCAAUGCUUCUGUACACAAAUCGAGGUCCAUGAAAACAUGGUUUGCUAAGGUUGGAGUGGGAAAACUCAAAUGAUCUACACAGAACCCUGACCUCAACCCCACUGACCACUUUUGGGAUGAACUGGAAAGCCAACUGCACCCCAGGCCUUCUUGCCAAACAUUGGUUCCUGAUCUCACUAAUGCUCUUGUGGCUGAAUGAACACAAAUCCCCACAGCCACAUUGUAAAAUGUAGUAGAAAGCCUACCCAGAAGAGUGGAGGUUAUUAUAACAGUAAAGGGGAACAACAUCUGGAAUGGGAGGUUCAACAAGCACAUAUAGGCAUGACUGUCAGGUGUCUACUUACUUUUGGCCAUAUAGCAUAAGUAUGUGUACAUUCUAAAAAUCGCUGGGCCAAAAAUAACAAUUUAGGUCCAUUUGGAAACCCAGUGCUGGAUGCAAUACAAACUGACCAAGUAAGGCUAGGUUAGGAUGUUGACCCAGCAUGCCAAUUUGCUUCUAUUUAAGAUCAGAUUUUAUUCAUCCUGAUGGGAAAUUAGGGUAAAAAAUAACUACAUU